AUGACUCCAAUUUUCCUCCUGGCCACCCUUUGCUUGGGGAUGAUCUCAGCUGCUCCAACACAUGACCCCAGUUUCGAUGCUGUAUGGGAGGAAUGGAAGACCAAACAUGGGAAAACAUACAACACGAAUGAAGAAGGACAGAAGAGAGCAGUGUGGGAGAACAACAUGAAGAUGAUCACCCUGCACAAUGAGGACUAUCUGAAGGGGAAGCAUGGCUUCAGCUUGGAGAUGAAUGCCUUUGGUGAUUUGACAAAUACAGAAUUCAGGGAAUUGAUGACUGGCUUUCAAAGCAUGGGACCCAAGGAGACGACCAUCUUCCGGGAGCCCUUUCUGGGUGAUAUCCCCAAGUCUUUGGAUUGGAGAGAGCAUGGCUAUGUGACUCCUGUGAAAAACCAGGGUCAGUGUGGCUCUUGUUGGGCUUUCAGUGCAGUUGGUUCCUUGGAAGGACAAAUAUUCAAGAAAACGGGCAAACUGGUCUCUCUGAGUGAACAGAACCUAGUGGACUGCUCCUGGUCAUAUGGAAACCUAGGUUGUAAUGGUGGCUUAAUGGAGUUUGCCUUCCAGUAUGUGAAAGAAAACAAAGGCCUGGACACGGGGGAGUCCUAUGCAUAUGAAGCACAGGAUGGAAUAUGCCGGUAUAAUCCUAAGUACUCGGCAGCUAAUGUUACAGGCUUUGUGAAAGUCCCACUGAGCGAAGAUGACCUUAUGAGUGCCGUGGCCAGUGUGGGGCCUAUCUCAGUUGGAAUCGACUCUCAUCACCAAUCCUUCAGGUUCUACAGUGGCGGCAUGUACUAUGAACCAGACUGUAGCAGCACUGAAAUGGAUCAUGCUGUCCUGGUGGUUGGCUAUGGUGAAGAAUCAGACGGCGGGAAGUACUGGCUGGUCAAGAACAGCUGGGGUGAAGACUGGGGCAUGAAUGGCUACAUAAAGAUGGCCAAAGACCAGAACAACAACUGUGGGAUUGCUACGUAUGCCAUCUACCCCACUGUGUGA